AUGGAUACCCUGGAAGCUGAAGACAUCCAUGCCAUCGAGCAGCUCUUGCGCAGUCAUGAGUCUGUCAAAGACGCGGCCGUGUUAUCUGUACAGAAAUACGGGGAAGAUAUGCUGGUGGGCUUUGUGACGCUGCACGACCAAGCCCUCGAGAACCAGAUCCGAACCCUGGGCCAGUCCGGCGAUGACUUCGAAGCGGAGCAAGUGCAGCUGUGGGAGUCGGUCUUUGACCGGCGCGUUUACGCCACCAUCGACGACGAAGCGCGGCGGGAAUCUGUCGGGCGCGACUUCACCGGCUGGAUCUCGGCCUACGAUGGCAGCUUGCUGGACAAGACGGACAUGAACGAGUGGCUGGACGAUACCAUCGAUAUGGUGGUCACGCACAGCAUUCGCGACCGUCCCGUCAACGUUGUCGAACUCGGAACCGGCUCCGGCAUGAUUCUCUUCAGUCUCGCGCGCCACAUACGUUCCUAUCAUGGUAUUGAGCCAUCCCGUAAGGCCGUCGACUUCGUCUCAGCGACGGCUCAAUCGAUCCCUGAACUCGCAGACAAGGUCGUCAUCAACUCGGUUGCCCAGUAUUUCCCUAGCCAGGCCUACCUUCUAGAGGUGGUUGAGGGCAUCCUAAAAUUCGGCUCCGUUCAGACAGUUGUGUUUGGGGAUAUCCGAUCGUUUGCUCUUCAGAAGGAGUUCCUGGUCACCAAGGCACUUCACGCCACGGGCGGAAAGGCAGGCAAGGGCGCUCUUCGCGAAAAGAUCUCGGAGCUGGAGCAAGCCGAGAUUGAAUUCUUGGUUGACCCGGCAUUCUUCACCAGCCUGCCUGACCGGUUUCCAGGCCUCAUUGAGCAUGUCUGCAUCAUCCCGAAAAAGAUGAAGGCCACCAACGAGUUGAGCUGCUAUCGCUACGCUGCGGUCCUUUACAUUGCGAGUGGAAGCCAACAGAGCGGAGAACAGCAGCAGCACCUUACUAGCAACAUUCGGGAAGUCGCCGGUGACGAAUGGAUUAACUUCGUGGAUCAAGGACUGGAUCGUGCAACCCUCUCGCAUCGUCUGAUCACCGAAAACCCAGACAUCAUGGCCGUGAGCAACAUUCCCUACAGCAAGACUGCCUUUGAGAGGCACUGUCUCGACGCGCUCGCGGACGGAAAAAGGCACGAAGAAAACGCGGAUGAUGAUUCUGCGUGGCUCGCGUCCGUCCGUCAGACCAGCCAAGAGCCCCCCUCUCUCUCGGCUCUAGACCUGGCAAACAUCGCUCAAGAAGCCGGAUAUCAAGUUGCAUCUAGCUGGGCGAGGCAGUUCUCACAGCGCGGUGGCCUCGACGCCGUCUUCUACCGUCCAUCCGACACCGUAGCUGGUAGUGAUGGUGUCAGGGACAAAGCUCUCUGGCGCUUCCCGACUGAUCAUCAGGGUCGAGAGCCCACCGCUUUCAGUAAUCAGCCACUUCAGCAGCAGGCCAGGCAAACGAUCCAACGACAGCUCUUCGAAACUCUGGAAGAUCAGCUUCCUAUGGAGUCGGUACCCGAGGAUAUAGUCAUCAUGAGCGCUUUGCCGACCACUUCGGAUGGCAAAGUGGACCGUCAGGCGCUCUCAGAGAAGGCAAACUAG